AUGGACGAAGGAGCUGAAGAUGAGACUACUUUUGUCGUGGAGGACGUCACCAAGUUAAUAAAAGACUCUAUAGAAACAACGAUUGGCACAAGCUCCUAUCAACACUUCCGUGUGAAUCAGUGGAGUACCACCAUAGUGGAGCAGUGCCUGAGUCAACUUUGCAAGCUCGGAAAGCCUUUCAAAUACAUUGUCACCUGUGUCAUCAUGCAGAACAACGGUGCUGGUCUGCAGACAGCCAGCUCAUGCUACUGGGACAACGCAACUGACGGAAGCUGUGCAGUAAAAUGGGAAAACAAGUCAAUGUGCUGCAUUGUCAGUGUUUUUGGCUUGGCUGUCUGA